AUCCCCCCAGCUGUGAUUUCCUCUCCUACGCUGACAAGCGACACUCCCCCCUCUUUUUCGCCUUUUGUUCCGAGGUGGAGCCUGACACCCCGACUUUACCGAACCUGACUGCUGGCGAAGGAGACGGAGGAGAGAGAACCGGGACCAGCGAACAUUGGCGCGUCUCUGGAACGCAGAUCGGGGAGGGAACCUCACUAGACGGCUUCAGGGAAGGAAACAGCUUACAAAUCGUACAAACCGACAGUGAUCGACAGAUCCGCACGAAAAGAUGAAUUAUUUUAUCCUCCUGUCGGUUCUGGCCACGGUGGUUACCGGAAAGUCACCUCGCCUGAAAUUUAUUGUGCACGAACCCCCCAGGUUCCACUUCAACAAGCCUGAGAACUACAUCAGCAUGUACCACCAGGAAGGAAGUGACACGCUUUAUGUCGGCGGCCAAGCAAUGAUCUACGUGUUGACAUUCAGUGAUAAAAGGGUUGUUGACAUGCAGAUCCCAGCGGCAUCGGAUCAGACUGCAAUUGAUACCUGCAAGGCAAAAGCUUCUCCAGAUGAGAUGGAGUGCGACAAUUUCAUCACCGUCCUUCAGAAAGUUAAUGACACCUUCAUAGUAUGUGGGACGAAUGCUGGAAGCCCCAGAUGCUGGAUGCUGGUAAAUGAGACGGUGCUGACAGACGUCCAAGGCGGUGGGAUGAUAGCGCCAGCCUCUCAGAUUUCACCUCCCUUCCCUUCGCAGAAGUCAAUCAACUUGCCUGCAGAUGGGAGUCUGUACUCGGCCAUGUCAUCAGUGGGAGGUCACGCCGGCUCGAUCCGUCGUACAUUUGGCUCCCAGAAACUCCUGAAGACAGAACACAUUUGGCUGCUGAGUCCUCAGUUUGCUGGAGCAUCCAUAAUCCCUGCCUCAGAAAAGUACAAAGAGGAGAUCUAUUUCUUCUUCACGGAGUUCAACAAGACAGCCCGAGUGGAUGAGGAGCCAUACAGGGCCCGCAUAGGUCGAAUCUGCACGGUGGAUGAAGGGGGCAUCAAAGCCCUCCUGGCAGACUCUUGGACCACCUUUAUGAAGGCUCGGGUGAUGUGUGGUGCAGGAAACACACAGCAGCAGUACAACAACAUGAAGCAAGCUGUGGUCCUGACAGCUCAGGACAAGAGGGCUGGGGUCAUGUAUGGCCUUUUUUCCAACGCAUGGGGAAGAACGGUGGUCUGUGCCUAUUCCAUCGAAGAUAUUGAUCGAGCCUUCUCUAAUUCUAAACUGAAAGGCUACAGCAGCUCAUUCAGUGGCAAUCGACCAGGGAUGUGUGUUAAAAGUCCCUCACCAGCAGACUCUCAGAACAACAUCAAAAACCUUGGCGUGAUCAGAUACUACCCUGAAAUAGAGGAUGUAAUUCGGCCGGUUGGUGUGAAUCCACUCGACCUCCCCACAGAUGAUCAAAUCACCCAUGCUGUUGCGGAUAUUGUCCUGGCAGUCAAUGAUGAGCAUUACACUGUCCUGUACCUCGGAACAGAUCAAGGCAAAGUUCUCAAGGUUCUUCACACCAUCCAGGAUGUCUUCAUCAUAUCUCAGUAUUCUCUGUUCCACAACGAAGGGCCUGUUCUAAAUAUGGCCAUCGACUCACAAAAGGGUCACUUGUAUGUCGGUACCGCCAUGGAAGUCCAGCGUCUGCCGUUGGCUGACUGCAGACGCUAUGGCCACACAUGCAGAGAGUGCAUCCUUUCCAGGGAUCCAUACUGUGGCUGGGACAAGGCCAGAAGAAAGUGCAUCGCCAUCCCGCCCGGAUACAACGUCACAACUGGAACUCUUAUUCAAAAUCUCGAUAGUUCCAACUCCUCCAUUUGUGAGGAAGCUGCUGCACUUAAGCUGCGGCAAACUUCGCCCAGAGAGAUUGUGGUGAAGGGCAGAAACACCACCGUGUUCCUGCCCUGCCCCGUUCACUCCUUUCAUGCCACCUACCGCUGGGAGAAGGACAACUGCAAAAGGAACUACCCGUGCCUGUUCUCCGGAGACUUCUGCGUACUGGGCCCGGUUGUUAACACUCCCUUGAAGGAAGGUGUCUUCCGCUGCAUGGCCACUGAGGAUGGAUUCAAGGUGGAAGUCGUUUCCUUCAGGCUGGUGAAUGAUGGCAGGCUUAUAUCUGCUUCAUUUGCCUCCACCUUGGGCCUUUCAGCCCUGCUUGCUGUGGUGACCCUAUGGCUUCAUUAACUAUAGCUAACACUGAUGCUAUCUUCUCUUUUGUAGUGGCUCCAACUGACAGGAUAAACAAGGAGCCAUUGUAGGAGUUAGGUUCGCAUUGCACCGGCACUCAUGGUUGGGUUGUGCACCGACAACUGAACCCUUUUUUUAUUUAGGUUUUUAAUGAGAACAUAUUAGAAUAAAAACGUUUAAACUAUCCUAUCCACCUUAUUUUUGAACAUGGAAGUAAAUGUAGGUUUUUCUGUGAUUCUUUAAUUUCUUCAUUUUCCUGGGCUAACUAACAGCAGCUUGGCUAAACUUGUGAACUUUGUCGUGGGUACAUUUCCUAAAAUUGUUGAACAAUCGAAAUGGCAGGUUAGUUCUGCACCCUCAAACUUUUCACAGGUGGGAUGAUGAUAUGAAGAAGUGACCUCGUUUAGCAUAUGAGGACAUUUUUAUAUAUUUGGUGUUGUCACUUGGUGCGGAGAUGGCCAGGUGCUCCUGUGCCGCGGGUAAGGGGAAAUCCUGCAGUCAUGCAGUGGUGAUAUUAUGGAAGGUAGGCUAAUAAAUUGUCACUUCACUGCAUGCUAACUUACAAGAUGUGUCUUUGUUGUAAUUAGAUUGCAAAUCAGUUUAAUUUUCUGCAAGAAAACCACAUAUGCCCAUCAUCUCAAUUAGUUAAUUUAAAUAAUCAUAUUGCAUUGCUACUCAAGUAAAAUUUUCGGAUACUCUAUCCGAUACGAGUAACUUCAUUGAAUAGAGAACAACAUUAUGGCUUUGAGUUAUUCUUAAAGCCAUAAUGUUAAGUUAGUUACCAAAAGAUGAAGACGACAAUGAAACACACCUACAGUUUACAUUAAAGCAAGGCUUUGUUUUGUUUCUAAGCUGUUUCUUCUUUUUUCCCCCAUCUUACUGCUGAACUUGUGCCAUUUACCAGUAGUGAGUUACAGUAAGGACAGUACUGUAAAGAGUAAAUGUUGUCACUUUACUCUAGGGCACACUCACACGGACCCAUACACAUAAAUAUACAUACAUACAUGCAUUAUUAUUAUAUCUGAAGAAAUUAAUUUGGAAAGGAUUUUAUUCUGCCUACAUUUGUUUUGCUGUUCUUGUGUAUUUCUAUGAAUUAUUUUCAUAUAAAGCUUUAAAAUACCAGAAUUUGUAAAUAACUUUUUCUGUCAGAUAACAUUGUGUUAUAAUCAGAUACUCAGUAUUUCAGAAGCUUUUUAUAUCAAUUUCUUUUUUAAUUAUACUUGAGUCAUUUCAUGGAUGGGUACUUUGCACUUUUUCUUAAAUAAUGUGAAGUUGUACUACUCUUACUUGAGUACAAUUUUUGGGGACUCUGCCCACCUCUGGUUAACAUAAACAUUCAGAACUAACAAGUUUCUAUCAGCUUGAAUAGCAGUUAAACAUCCCUUAGCUUACCUGCUUGUGCUAACCUCUUUGACGCGUCUCCUUUGAGAUUUUAUCUGGACUUCAUUGGCCGGUCUUCUGUUGAUCUUGUGUCCGUCAAAUGAAAAGAGCAAACAUACGGUUGCUCUUAAAUUUAAAGCUUUUAACCACAGGCAAAGGGAUUCCUCAUCCUUCGGCAGGGGAUGAAGGUCAUAGGGCGCCAAACGUCCACAUCCAGCUCUACAAAGCGGUUUGUGACUUAGCGACUCCUGCUCCAAGUAUUUCUUUCCUUUGAACCAGUUAUUCUCAAAGCCAUAAUGUUAAGUUAGUUAUUAUGAAGACGGUGAACAGUGAGUUAGAUAGCCAGUGACCGGAAGUGCCUGACCAGAAGUCGCACACAAAAAAACACCAUUCGUCUCCAUAUUUCUGUUCAAAAUAAGGUGGAUAUCUUGGUCAAAAAUGACAAAUCUACAGCUGCAACUGAUUGCAUGAGAUUAAAACUGUAAAAUUCAGAACUUUGCUGACAAUGUAAUUCAAGCAUGAUGUGGUGCAUUGUGAACCUCCCUUCUCUUAUUAAAAAAGAUGAACAUAUCCAGUGAGUUGGGCAAAAAAAACACCAAUACCAGGCCAAUUCUUUUAAACUUUUCUCUACAUAUUUUGAAAUUACCUUGAUUGUGCUUAUUUGUGGAUAUGUAAACCUUUAAUAAUGCUCUUACAUCUCUUCAUUCCUCUUGUUCAACUUUAUUGUCUAAGCUCAUUGGAACCUAAAAAUGUCUGGUAUUAAGAUUUUAAAAGCCUUAAUACUUUUGCGACAUGGACUCCUAAGCACAAUUUUGCAGUUGAGGCUGAAAACUGCAGACUCAGUUGGACUUGGGGAAGUGUUCAGUGCAGCUGAGUCUAACAAUGUGGCUGGGAGGAAGUGACAGCUUUUAGAUGGAAAGUAGGCGGAUGGGCCUCGAACAUCGCUGUGUCUCAGCACUUCCUCCUCAGACUGGGCAGUUUCUAGCAAUGUUACAGCAGAGGGUUUCAAACAACAUAACUUCGCCUUGUUCACAGCUUGGUGCAUUGUUCUUUUCCUUCCAUCAUGCCAUCAUCUCUCAUUUAUCCUGUCCCUCAUAAUCUGUGAUAUUCAAUUAAAUAUCAUUCUUAUUUAAAGGUAGGUCCAGAGAUAAUGAUCUUUUUAAGUAGAUGGUGGCAUGUCAUGACCACAAUCCAUAUAUGUACAUCAAAAUUGGGAAAUUGGAACCAGAUAGCUGCUGGUCAAAGAGGAGCAGUUUUCUUUUAAAUGAAAAAUAAUUUAUUUUUACCAGACCAGUGGCGGUUUUUGAUAUGGGUGAAAUUGCUCUUUUCCCAGGUUGCGCUUUUGUCGCGAGGAAGGUUGUCCUGUUCUGUUAGUUGCACCCAGAUUGAGUUUUUAUUGUGUAUCUGCAUGUCAAUGGGGAUUGUUUGCCCUCCUACGUUGUGCACAGUUUAAGCACUGUGAGUAAACGUGGCAAUGCACCACAGCCAGUUGAUGAUGUUCAGCUCCAAACUAAAGGGCUAUAUCACUGUUUUUUCCUAAUAACCUGAAAUCUUUUGUGGUCUCGUUCAAGUCUGUUUUGACCUACUGGUAUUUAAAAAUACUAAUUUAAAAGUACCAAGUCUUCAAAAGACUGACUUAAUUGGUGAAACUGUACUUUUAAACAAUAAAAUAUGGCAAAAAAUGUGGGAUUCAUAGGUUUCUCAAAAACAGUUAAAUUCUGUUCCUGUGUCAUGCAACAUUUAUGCAAAAACCGCCACUGUACCAGACAAUGCCUAAAGUUGUGAGCAAGACGUUAUGCUAUAUAAUCAUUUCAGUAAAGACACUUAGAUAAACACAAAAACAGUUGAAACUAAGUGAAACCAUUUAUUUCACAUACAUUUUAUAGGUUUCCAGGAGAAGAAAAGAAGGCUUACCGACUGAUGAUAUGUUUUGAAUAUUUUUUUUCUCUGCAAAUGCUGAUUUCUACCAUUGCUGCCUACAUAUAUAAGCAUUUGUUUUGGUAAUUUAUUGAUUUGAACGUGACACCUGACCACGGCAGCUGUAUUUUUAUAUUUUUAUUUUAAACCUCUGAAACAAAAGGCUUCAAGAAUUGAAAGAAGAUCAUUUCCUGGUCUGGUAAUUUAAGACCAUUUACUUUAAUUUAGUGCAAGGCGUUCACAGUUGUGCUUACCAGGCCAUCACAGAUGAACAGGAGCGUUUUCUAUCGGAAACAAGAGGCAAAGUUUAAAUCUAAUCACUACAGCAUCAUAUUUAAUUUAACUUAAUUUAAUUUAAUUUUUAUGACCAUGAACAAAAAAGGUGAAAAAGAUGGAUUGGAUUAUAUUGCCAUUAAAUACUAAAACAUACAAUUAAUCAUGAACCUUAAAAUAUCAAACACUGUGCUAAACCUUAUUAUCUGAUUAUCUGACUAAGUAAAUAUUUUUUUCAGAGAUGAAUUAUGCAUUGGAUUAACAGGUCCUUCAUUGAGGCAAUGGAGUAUUAUCGUUGACUAAAGGUACAUGAAUCUGUCUGAGAUCAGCCUUCCACAGUGGUAGAAAUGUCAUUAAAUGUUAAUCAGACAACAGAGCCAGCCUGUCAUGUUUUCUAUUAAAGAGUUUAUUUUAGGCCAUUAGAGAUGUGGGCUGCAAUCUUCUUCUCCACUGUGAAAAUGCAUGUGUGUGACACAGCAUUGUGUUCCUCAUUUAGCUGCAUCCAUUCUGCUGUCCCCAGAUGUGAGCCACUGACUGUGACAUAAAAGGGUAAAAUCAAAGGGAAAGCAAGGCAUCUUUAAACACUGUUCACUUGGUGCAUUUUGCUUCAUUUAUGUUCAUUUGAAAACUCCCUUCCUUACGACAAAUAACAAUUUGUGUCUGAUAAAACCCAAGUACUACUAGAACAUCGGUCUUCCUUUCAGGCAAACUCACGAACCACUUCAGGUUUAAUGGUAAUCCUGUGUGUGUUUUUCUUUGUCAGCACCAUGGUUGAAAACUCACUCUAGCCUUCAGCCAAGUGCUACUCAACAUUUAAUACAGGCUGUUUUACUCCAACCUGCCGCAGAGUUUUGGCGGAAAAUAAACAAAAAUCAUGGAUUUGCUCGAGGCAUUUUUACAAAUAACCUCUUUAUGCUGCAAUUUUAGCUGCUGAUUACUGUAUGUGUUUAUGUGAUUAGAUUAGAGAUGCUGUUAUCACAAGACGCAGAGUAAAGUGGGAUAUGGAAUCCAACUUGGUGAUUGAGCCUGGUGGCAUUAAUUUUCAUGUAUCCCAAAACUGAUUAUUAACAAAGAAAAAAGGAAAAAAAAACAGCUUACAUAAGGAAAAACCUACUUAAAAGUAACCACUCCCUUCUAUCAUAGCAUGUAACUGUAGUUACAGUGAAAGAAAAAUAUGUGGUUGAUAAUUUAUUAGUGUUUUCAUUUGGGAUAACCAAGGACAUAUGGGCAUCAAAUAUUCUAAGACAAAUAUGAACUAUGUCAUUCCAAACUGAAAUACUCCUAAAAAUGAUGUCCAUUGACAUUUAGUUUAUCGAGGGAGGCCAUGCUUUAAAUGGCUUUAUGGCCUUUCAAAUAAACCAUAUGAGAUUAGAUAAGAUUUAGCUGCCAUGCAGAUUAUUAGUGUAUAAUAUUAACAUUUAUAAAAGGACAAUUCAGCUAAUGGUUGUCACUAAGUGACUUCUCAAUCCGUUUUUUUUUUGUCUCCAGUUCAAACCAGAGCCACAAAAAGAACAAUUUAUAUAGAGUUCAAGACCUUAAUAAAAACCAGUACAUUUCCUCAGUAUUACCUCAUCAGUAUUACCUCUCUUCGUCACCAGUGACAUACCCAAUACAGUAGUAUUUGCUUUUUUCCACGUUGAUGAAAAAUUAGUUCAUUCUGGACAGUGUUAUGUUUCCAUAUACUUAUGAGUCCUACUUACAGCUACAGUCCUUAAUAAACUAAAUCACACUUCUGCUGCCAAUGUUUGCUAAAGUGCUAGGCUAAUGCUAGCAUGUAUCUUUGCUAUUUUGAUAAUUCAGCUCAUAACAUUACACGAUGGUGUACUCAAGGAAGACUUUGGAAAAAAAAAAUGUAUUUUUUAACUGAACACUUUUCUUUGAGCAUUUUAAAAUUCUGGGUUUUAUCUGCAGCUGUCCUCCAUACCUGUCUAAGCACACUGCUCAGAUCAGGUCGCUUGGAAAAAUAUUUUUAAAAAGCUGCAGUAUUUCUUGCACUGUUGAAAAGUCAACAUAACAUAAUGUGUCAGGUGUCAGGUGUAAAAUAUGUUUUUCUGUCCUGCACACAAUGUUUGGCUGUAAUUUUUGAAGGAUAGCUGGGUGACCACAUGGCUAGCUGUAACUAAGAGAUUUAAAUCCAUUAAAAGCAGUCAAUCAUUGUGAUCAGAGUUUAGCAACCAUCUCCAAUACAGUCAUUUAACAAUACCAGAAACAGGAUUAGAUUAAAACAUCCCUAAUUGGUAGGUGAUGGUGCUGAAAGUAGAAUAAUGAUGUGCAAACACACUUUAACUACAGAAUGACUGCUCUGUGUCCAUUUAAGCUAAUGAGUAACAAAUGAUAGUUAAUUUGAUGCAUUAAUGAAUAUUAAUAAUUAUCAAAAAUACUUUCUAUUCUUUAUAUAAAAACAUUCCUAUUAGUGUCUUAUAAUUUACUAAUUUAUUUAGUUUUUGUUUUUAAAUAUAUUAUUGUAGUCAAGGGGAAACUUUGUGUACAAUGUUUGAAUUAUAGUUUCGUGAUAACAUCAAUUACAUCGAAAUUGUAAAAAUAUAUUUUAACUACAGAUAUGAAGUAAGUAUAGUAACUCAAACCUGUAAAACUACCACAUACGAGGAUCUAUUCACAAUUAUUCAGCUACAAGUUCCCUUCUAAUACAUGCAGAAUGCUGUGUAGAAUUGAGGCGUUAACCUUCUGCUUCGACAGUUUUCAGUUUCCCAGAGACUGUUGGUAGGCUAGAAAAAAUAAAUAAAUCAACAUUGUAUAAUAUGAAUUAUCAAAAAUGUCAUGUUUGAAGCCAAUACUACUGCUUACAUCUUUAGUUUAGGAAUCAGGACACAUGGUUUGUUUGCUCUCAUGAAGGAAAGACAUGAUUUGAGGGUGGAAUUGAUUCUCCAUUGAUCAUUAACCAACAUUUUUAUUCACCCAGAAUAUUUUAGCACUUGUUUAAACAACACUGUUUAGGAUUUAGAGAAUUUCCUGAACUUGCUGUCAUCAAUCAAGCUAAGAAGAUCAUCUGAGUCAUUGCCUUGAUAUGGAUUUUGGCAGUUGGUACAUUUAGAUUACGUUAUCGCUUUUCUGGCAUCUGUAGUUGUCAGCCAGUUGGCUAAAUGCUAAUCUCCUUCAAAGCAGGCUUUUGAUUUUCAAUAGGGGCAGAAUUGUGGUGGAUCCCGUUAUCUGUUGUAAAUUAAUCAGUCCUGUUGGCGGGUUGCUUUUUUGUUUGCUGUGGGGCUUUUGAGUGUCAAGUACUGUACAUGAUGUGUGCCCAUGAUUCUGUGUCUUGGUAGAUUUACUUUGAAUAGCAAUGUGCCAAACUCUACUAUAUAAAAAAGAGAUUUACACUGUCUUGGUGCCAUGCCAUUCUAAUACCAUUUCAUGACAUGUAUUUUUAAAUAACAGAUAUCUAUAGUGCAAUAGAUAUUCAUGUAACAAAUUCAUAUUGACAUGUGUUUCCCUGAACAUGUGCAGUGAAAAUUAAUAAAAUUAUAAGUAUAAUGAAAA